AUGUCCUGCUGUAAAGGUCCUGGAUACAAGUCUCCAUUAGAUGCAUUUAGAAAUGGGCCCAGAGAAAAACUUCUUUACGUUGUCUGCGUUCAGCCAAAUCCAAAUAAACAAGAUUAUUUAGCUACAGUUGAUGUUGAUCCAGAAUCUUCGACUUACUGUCAGGUAAUUCAUCGUACAUAUACCGGAAGUAUUGGAAAUGAAAUACAUCACAGUGGCUGGAACGUAUGCUCUAGUUGUCAUGGAAAUGUUUCGCUCAAAAGAGAUUUUCUUCUGCUUCCUGCAUUACACACGAGUAAUAUAUUUGUAAUUGAUGUUGGCAGGAAUCCUAAGAAACCUCAGUUACAUAAGGUAAUCGAUGGUUCAGAACUGAAAUCACUUAACUGUAGUUUUCCACACACAACUCAUUGCCUGGCCAAUGGUGAAAUUAUGAUUUCGACAAUUGGCGACAAAAAUGAAAAUGCAAAAGGCGAUUUUGUUCUUAUUGAUUCUAAGACAUUUAAAGUAAAAGGGACUUGGACAAAGGGUGGCAAAUGUGCUAACUUUGGUUAUGACUUCUGGUACCAGCCAUAUCACGACGUAAUGAUUGCUUCUGAAUUCGGUAUACCUAAACUUAUAAAAAGAGGUUUUGAUAGGAAAGAUACUACCGAUACAAAAGAAUUCGGAACAUGCUUGAAUAUUUAUAAAUGGUCAACCCAUGAAUUGCAACAAGUUUUAGACUUGGGUGAAGAGGGUUGUGGUCCACUGGAGGUCAGGUUCCUCCAUGAUCCUAAAUCUUCGCAGGGAUUUGUUGGGUGUGCCUUAAAUGCUAACGUUUAUAGAUUUUACAAAUUGUCGGACGGAACUUGGAAAACUGAUAAAGUAAUAGAUAUUCCGACGAAAACAGUUUCUAAGGAGGGUGUUGUAUCUAAACACAGUGGUUUGUUGACAGACAUUAUUCUAUCUUUGGAUGACAAGUACUUAUAUUUGACAUGCUGGUUUGAUGGGGACGUAAGACAAUAUGACAUUUCGGAUCCUGAACACCCUAAACUUGUUGCACGAAUAUGCCUCGGUGGUAAAAUUGCGAAUGAAAAUUUGACGAUAAUAGAAGAUGUGGAGUUUCCGAACCAGGAAGCAAUCAAGCCAGUAAAGGUAAAAGAUAAACAACUGCUUGGUGGCCCGCAAAUGCUCCAACUCUCUUUAGACGGCAAGCGUCUGUAUGUGUCUUCGUCACUGUAUUCUCCUUGGGACAAGCAAUUUUAUCCCGAAAUGGUUAAAGAUGGCGGAUGGAUAGUUAAAUUAGAUGUGGAUACAGAAAACGGCGGCCUCAAAUUGGAUUCUCAAUUUCUUGUCAAUUUUGGGAAUGAACCUGAUGGACCAGUGUUACCCCACGAAAUGCGCUAUCCAGGUGGCGACCCUACAUCAGAUAUUUGGCUGGUUGAAGAAGAACAAUAA